AAUCACCUCUGGGUUUUUUAUUUUUUCUUAAACAAACCAAAAACCGCUGAAAAUUUAGAAAAAAAAAAAAGUUUUUUCUUAGUUUUUGUUAUAAAAUUUUGUAAAUAAGAAAAAAUUGAUUUUUCUCCUUCACUGAUGUGCGCUAAUGAGGCUGCACUGAUGGACACUGAUAGGCGGCACUGAUGUACACUGAUAGGCGGCACUGACUGGCACUCAUAGUUGGCACUGACUGGCACUGAGAGGUGGCACUGACUGGCACUGAGAGG